AUGAGUACUGAAGAAGUAAAAGAAACUAAAUUACUUUUGAUUGGUGAUAUUGGUGAUGGUAAAAGUUCUCUUGGUAAUUUUAUUCUAAAAGACAAUAAAUUUGCUGUAAGUAGUGGCUGUGAUGCAAAAACGCAAGAAACUGUUGGAUAUAAUGGAGAAGGUAAUCGAAGGAAUGUAUUUGUUAUUGAUACACCCGGCUUUAAUGAUUUAAGUGAAAUGAAUGAAAAACAACAAAACCAAACGUUUGAUUAUAUUAAAAAACAAAAUGGAAUAGAUGUUAUUGUUAUUGUAUUAAAUUAUAGCAAAGAAGCGGAAUCAUCUGACAAAAAAGAUGUGUUAUCAGAGAAUUUAAAAAGAAAGGUUAAAUUGCUUUGUAAUAUUCUUCAAGUAGAAGAUUUCUGGAAACAUAUAUGUAUUAUAUGGACUAAAUGCACAUAUCAUAUAUCAAAAAACGAGUUUGUAGCACAGCUAAAAGUAAAGAAAAAUAAAGUUGAUUUAGAGUUAAGAAGUCUUAUUGAAGAAACAACAGGAGAAAAUGAUGAUAUUGAAUUUCCAAUGUAUUAUGUAGACUCCAAUCCAGAUGAAGGAUGUGAUAACAGCAGAUCAGAGAAGGAGAUUGAAAAUUUUCUAACAUGGGCUUACGAUUUAAAUACAUUUGAAAAAAAGGGAAAUGAAAAAGUCCGACCUAAUUAUAAAAAAUUUGAGCCUCAAGAAAAAGAACAAACAGAAGUUAUAGAAGUAAAUGAUGAUUUUGUAAAAUUGAGAAUUUACCACAUUAAAAGAGAGAAAAGAACUGCAUUUGAUGGAGAAGUUACUUAUACUGAAUGGAAAGUAAUAGACUAUAAUGACAAAAUCCAGUACAAAGAAAAACCAAAACAAGAAUCAAAAGAAUCUGAUAGUUGUGUGUUGUUUUAA